AAAACAUGAACUAAAAAGACAUGACAAUCUGAUCUACUGGAAGAUUAUAUUAAUCACUGAAAGUUAAUUAUUAGUAAAAUCAGUGAUUAUAUUAAUCAUUUCUACUCUCAACCCAGAUAAGUUUAGUAGAGUUACCAGAACAAGAGCACCCCUACCAAAAGAAUGAAAUUGAGCUGCUUGACACACACAGUUAGGACCAGAUCUUCACUCCAGUGGCUACUCUAAGAUGCAGAGACUCUGAGGUCAGGUUGAGCCUCAACACCUUUCUCUUCCUUUUCCAACUGUGAUCCUCCCUUUUUGCAAGUGACACAGACCAUGUCUUAUGGCCACUAGAAAUAGGACAGAAGUGACUGAAUUUGUCUUACUGGGCUUGUCCAGCUGGCCAGGGAUGCAGCCAGUUAUUUUUGGUAUUAUCCUUGUCAUGUACCUGGUUGCAGUUAUGGGCAAUGCCCUUUUAGUCACUGUUGCUCGAUCAGACCCCAAGCUUCAGACUCCCAUGUAUUUCCUGCUCAGCCAGCUUUCCUUUAUUGACAUUUUUCUGACAACCAUCACUGUUCCUCAGAUGCUGGUGCACACACUGUCUGUGAAUCAGACUAUCUCCUUUAACUGCUGCAUAAUCCAGCUAUUCUUCUUCAUGGCUGUGGGCAGCAUGGAAGGCCACUUGCUGGCUGCCAUGGCAUAUGAUCGCUAUGUUGCCAUCUGUGAUCCCUUAAGAUACUCUGCCAUCGUCAGCCAUCGCCUCUGUCUGCGCAUAACAUUGACCUCAUGGGUGGUUGUCAGCCUCAACAGCCUCCUUUACAGUGUGUUGGUAAGUCGCUUAACUUUCUGCGGCAACCAGGUCACCCACUUCUUCUGUGAUAUUACUCCCCUGCUGCAGCUCUCCUGUACCCGACCAGUGGUCAAUGAAAUGCUGAUAUUCACUGAGGGUGUAGCUGUGGUGGUCAGCCCCUUCUUCUUCAUUUUGGGUUCUUAUGCCUGCAUUGGUGUUGCAAUGGCCCACAUGCACUCAGUUGCUGCCCUGCGCAAAGCUCUGUCCACUUGUGGCUCCCACAUCCUGGUUGUGCUGCUCCUGUAUGGCUCUGUGAUCCACAUGUACCUCCGACCAUCCUCCAGCUACAACUUGUACCAGGAUCGCCAAGUAGCCGUCUUCUAUACAGUAGUUACCCCUAUGCUAAAUCCACUAAUCUACAGCCUCAGGAACCAGGAGGUUAAAGGAGCUCUUCUAAGGCUUUUUAGGAAGCUCUGCAUCUCAGAAAACUUUCAACCUUGUUCCCAGGCAAGCAGGGAAUGGCGGCACAUCUCCUAAUGU